AGAAUCAAUUGCAUCAGUGGAUAUUAUAUAAAGAAAAGUUUUCAGUGGAGUUCACAGUUCACCCACCUUAGCCGCCAUGGGGCUAAGAAUUGCCAGCCUCUUUAUGCUCUGGCUGGCUCUUGCCAACACAAAUGAAAUAAGAAAAGGAAGGACAAGAAAUCAUGGAAACUAUGUCUGCAGCACUUGGGGGAACAACCACUUCAAAACAUUUGAUGGAGACAUUUAUCAAUUUCCUGGGAUUUGCGAGUAUAAUUUUGUUUCUGACUGCCGAGAGACUUACAAGGAGUUCUCUGUCCACAUUCAGCGUGGUCUGAACAGCAAUAACCACCCUGAGAUCCAGUAUAUUCUAUUAACAACCCAGGAUUUCACAGUGUACCUCCAACCAAAACUGACUGUGGUGGAUGGGCAGAUAGCCAAAACACCUUACUACAGCUCUGGUUUGCUUAUUGAGAGAAGUGACAUUUACACCAAGGUUUAUGCCAAGUUAGGCCUAAUUCUGAUAUGGAAUCAGGAAGAUGCACUGCUGGUGGAGCUGGACAGCAAGUUUAGCAACCAGACCUGUGGUCUUUGUGGGGAUUACAAUGGAAUUCCAAUCUACAAUGAAUUUAUCAGUGGAGUUGCAAGCUACAAUGCAAUUACAUACGGGAAUUUACAGAAGAUCAGCAAACCCAAUGACGAAUGUGAAGACCCCGAUGAAACUCUGGCUCUUCCAAGCUGUAAUGAGCAUCGUGAUGAGUGUGAGAGGCUGCUGACCUCCUCUGCAUUUGACGACUGUCAGUCACGCCUUAAUUUGGAAAUGUACAUCCAAGCCUGCAUGCAGGACAAGUGUGCAUGUAAUGGAAACGAGGACACCUUCUGCCUCUGCAGCACCAUCUCAGAGUAUUCUCGUCAGUGUUCACAUGCAGGUGGCCGGCCGGGUGAAUGGAGGACAAAGUCCUUUUGCCCCAAGACCUGUCCUGGCAACAUGAUCUAUAGGGAAAGUGGCUCACCCUGCAUGGAUACUUGCUCACACUUGGAGAUCAGCAGCCUUUGUGAGGAGCACUACAUGGAUGGUUGUUUCUGCCCUGAAGGAACUGUGUAUGAUGAUAUUACUGAAAAAGGCUGCAUACCUGUUAGCCAGUGCCACUGCAGACUCCAUGGAAAUGGGUAUUCUCCUGGAGAAAGCAUUACCAAUGAAUGUGAAGAAUGCACCUGUGAUUCAGGCAGAUGGACAUGCAAAAAUUUACCCUGUGCAGGCAUGUGUUCAGUGGAAGGAGGUUCCCAUAUUACUACCUUUGAUGGGAAAAAAUACACCUUCCAUGGAGACUGUUACUAUGUGUUGGCCAAGGGUACUGUAAAUGACACUCAUGCCCUCCUGGCAGAGCUGGCUCCCUGUGGCUUCACAGAUGGGCAGACCUGUUUGAAGACUGUUGUGCUGUUAGUAGAUGCCAAAAAAAAUGUGGUAGUUUUCAAAUCAGAUGGCAGUGUGUUACUGAAUGAGAUGACAGUGAAUGUACCUCAUGUAUCAGCUAGCUUCUCAGUUUUCAAGCCAUCUUCCUACUACCUCAUUGUACAAACUUCUUUUGGGCUUCAGCUGCAGAUCCAGUUGUUUCCAAUCAUGCAGCUGUUUGUGACUGUUGAUCAAUCAGUUCAAGGAAAUCUUCAAGGUCUUUGUGGAAAUUUUAAUGGAAUGGAAGGUGAUGACUUUAAAACAACCAGUGGGUUGGUAGAAGCUACAGGAACUGCCUUUGCUAACACAUGGAAAGCUCAGGCUAUCUGUGCAGACCAGGCAGAAAGGCUGGAAGAUCCCUGCAGUCUCAGCAUUGAAAGUGCAAAUUAUGCUGAGCAUUGGUGUUCUUUGCUGAAAAAGUCAGAAGGCCCUUUUGCAAGAUGUCACUCAGUCAUUGAUCCUUCAGAAUACUAUAAGAGAUGUAAAUAUGACACCUGCCUCUGCAAGGACAAUGAAGAAUGCUUGUGUGCUGCCCUGUCCUCUUACUCAAGAGCCUGUGCUUUCAAAGGGAUCAUACUGGGAGGCUGGCGACAAAGCAUCUGCACUGGUGAACUAUCUGCCUGCUCAGGAAAUCAAAUCUUCCUUUACAAUCUUACAAUGUGUGAGCAAACAUGUCGUUCCAUUGCUGAUGGUGAAAAGCACUGCUUGCAAGACUUUGCUCCCGUGGAUGGCUGUGGCUGCCCAGAUAAUACAUACUUGGAUAACCAGGAUACAUGUGUGCCCAUCUCCAAAUGCCCGUGUUAUUACAAGGGGUCAUACCUGGAACCAGGGGAAUAUGUCAUAAAAGAUGGAGAGCGUUGUGUUUGCCGAAAUGCAAAGGUCAUGUGUACUUCAAUGUACAUGAGAAUGAAAAGUAUAACAGAAUGCCCUUCUAACAAAACCUACUUUGACUGCAACACCUCCCCGAACUGGUCUUCACAAACGCCUAUACAACUUCGCUGUGGUACUCCUCAAACCGAUCAUUACCAAGCAGAGUGUGUCUCAGGCUGUGUGUGUCCUGAAGGUUUGUUUGAUGAUGGCAGAGGGGGCUGUGUUAAGGAAGAAGACUGCCCAUGUUUUCAUAACAAUGAGUGGUAUAAUCAUGGACGGAGCAUAGCAGUGGACUGCAACACCUGUACCUGUCAGAAAGGAGUCUGGAGCUGCACUGAAACAGCAUGCUAUGGGACUUGUAUGAUCUAUGGCAGUGGCCACUAUAUCACAUUUGAUGGAAAAUUCUAUGACUUUGAUGGGAGUUGUGAAUAUGUGGCUACUCAGGAUUAUUGUGGUGACAAAAAUUCAGUUGGCUCAUUCAGUAUCAUCACAGAGAACGUCCCUUGUGGAACUACAGGUGUCACCUGCUCAAAGGCUAUUAAAAUGUUUCUGGGGAAUAUUGAGCUGAAAUUGGAGAACAAAGAUUAUAAAGAAAUUCCACGAGAUGUUGGUGAUAAUGUGUAUUACUGGAACAAGACAGUAGGCCUCUACCUCGUUAUUGAGGCUAGCAAUGGUGUGAUGCUUAUCUGGGAUAAGAAGACCACAGUUUUCAUCAAGCUGACCCCUGAUUACAAAGGCAAAGUGUGUGGUCUGUGUGGCAACUUUGAUGACAAGUCUAACAAUGAUUUUACAACCAGGAGUGGGGUGCAGGAGACUAGUGCUCUGACAUUUGGGAAUUCCUGGAAACAGUCUUCUGUGUGUCCAGAUGUCACAGAAGAGGUUAAGCCCUGUGAUUUGAAACCACAUCGCAAGUCCUGGGCAGAGAAAGAAUGCAGCCUCAUCCUGGGUGAUGUCUUCAAAAUUUGUCACUCAAAGGUAAACCCAACUCCUUUCUAUGAUGCUUGUGUUCAUGAUGCCUGCUCUUGUGACAGUGGUGGAGACUGCGAUUGCUUCUGUUCUGCAGUUGCUGCAUAUGCUCAAGAAUGUACCAAGGCUGAGGCCUGUGUUUUCUGGAGAACUCCUGAUAUAUGUCCAAUAUUUUGUGACUACUAUAACCCUCCUGAUGUGUGUGAGUGGCACUAUGAGCCUUGUGGCAGCGAUGUCAUGACCUGCAGGAUGAUUAAUAAUGUCAGCACCAAUUUUUCAAUACCAUACCUGGAAGGUUGCUAUCCCAGAUGCCCUGAGAAGACACCCAUUUAUAACGAAGAGACAAAGGAAUGUGUGACUUCAGAUAAAUGUUGGUGUUAUGUCAAUGGUAGUCCUGUUCGCCCUGGCGAAGAAAUACCUACAGAAGAGAACUGUACAAAGUGUGUCUGUGGCCCCUCAGGAUCCAUUGAUUGUGCACCAAUCCCAGCAUGUCCUUGUGUCAUCAAUGGAACGAGAUACGAAGUGGGAAGCGCCGUGGCAGUAGUACAGGAUGGCGACAUGUGCACAACAUAUAUUUGUGCAGCAAAUGGAACUCUAGUUCCUGAAGGACCUUUUCCUUGUCCAUCAACUACUUCACCUUUGACACCUACAUCACCUUCAACACAUUCUUCAACUUCAACCAUUAUAACCGGCAGUGGUACAACUACAAUUACAACCAUAGUUACAACUCCAGCAACAACUCCAUGCUUUGGAUUAAUCUGUAAUUGGUCUCAGUGGUUUGAUGUUAGUAAACCUGAAGAAGGUGGUGGUGACUAUGAAACCUAUGAUGAAAUAAAUAAACACGGACAUGAAAUAUGUGAUCAUCCUGAGAACAUUGAAUGCAGGGCUAAAGAUAACCCUGAUUUAAGCUUAGAGCAACUUGGCCAGAAAGUGGAGUGUAAUGUUACAUAUGGACUCAUCUGUAAAAAUGAGGAGCAAGUCACAAGUAUCUGGCCUCUUUGCUAUAAUUAUGAAAUCAGAGUAAGCUGUUGUGAGUGGAAGGAAAUUCCUUGUUGGCCUACAACCACAAGCCCAGUCACCAUCAGAACAACAAUACCCACAACUACUGCAACCCUGCCAACAAAAUCAACUACCAGCCCACCAAUAACCACUCCAGCCACCAUAAGCCAGACCACGCCAUCUGUUACCAGCCCAGUAACUUCAGCCUCCACAGUACCAACCACUACUCCCAUACCAACUUCAUCGGAGUCUUCCAGCAGUACAACCACCAGCAUGCCACCCUGGAGCACCUUGAGCACCUUGAGCACCAGCAGCACCCUUGGGACAACGACAACAGUUCCUGGCACAUCAGUACCCACUCCAACUAUUACAAGCACGGUCCCACUAACAAUAAGAACUCAAACCCAGCCGCCUCCAACUACACUACCAUUAAAAAAUUGUUCCUGCAUAUGGACCGGCUGGUAUGAUGUGAGUAAGCCAAACAUUUCUGAUGUAAACAGUGGUGACUAUGAAACCUUAGAAAAUAUCAAGAACCACAACAGCACCUGGACAUGCAUAAAAGCUGAGAAUAUCUCAUGCAGAGCAACUGAGCAGCCGAACACUACCCUUGAAGAUUUAGGGCAGAAAGUGGAAUGUAACGUUAACACAGGGCUCAUCUGCAAUAAUAAAGAUCAGGUAAACAGCAAUACUACAUACUGCCAUAACUACGAGAUCAAUAUUUGCUGCAUCAACAACGAGAAGUGCAUUACAACUCCAGAAUACAGCACCAGUAGGCCCACAACAUUCUCCACAACAACAAGCACAGCUUCGACUAUAACUCUGUGGACAACAACUCAUCCGCCGGUCUCAACGACAGGUCCCAGCAGUACCACCAGUGGCACGACGUCCUCCAGCAGCAGCACCCCGGGGACAACGUCAGUUACUCCUCCACCGACCACGUCCCCCACCACCCUGACUACUAGCAGCGCAUCCCCGCCCACGCCGACACACACCACCUCCCUGUCACCACCGUCCUCGACAAGCGAAGAACCGUGCACAAUCCCUCCAGGGGGCUGCACCUGGACUGACUGGAUCGAUGAGAGUUACCCAGAAUAUGGCUCAAACGGUGGUGAUGAUGAGACCUUUGAGACCAUUCAGAUAAAUAGGCCUCCAUGGAAUUGUGCGAAGGUUGAGAAUAUUUCAUGCAGAGCCGAGAAAUAUCCUGACAUUCCCAUUUCCGAUUUAGGGCAAAAAGUGGAAUGUAACGUUAACACAGGGCUCCUCUGUAAAAAUGAGGAUCAGAAGCCAGGAGGCAUAAUUCCCAUGCCAGUCUGCAUCAAUUACCAGAUCAAAGUCUGCUGUGUGCCUGAACUACCACCGUGGUGUACUCCACAUACUACCACGACAACCACACAUUCCACAACCACAGAAUUAACCACUACAACCACAACGAGCACUCCUUCCACUACAACCACAACAACAACCACUCUCCCUCCAACACCGACAACAGGCACCACACCCCCCGGUACCACAACUGGGCCCGUGUCGACCACCACUCUCCCGCCAACACCGACGCCAGGUCCCAGCAGUACCACCAGUGGCACGACGUCCUCCAGCAGCAGCACCCCGGGGACAACCUCUGUUACUCCUCCACCGACCACGUCCCCCAGCACCCUGACUACUAGCAGCGCAUCCCCGCCCACGCCGACACACACCACCUCCCUGUCACCACCGUCCUCGACAAGCGAAGGAACCAGUCCCCCCAGCUCCACAACCGUUGAAACUGUGUCGACCACCACUCUCCCGCCAACACCGAUGACAGGCACCACUCCCCCCGGUACCACAACUGGGCCUGUGUCGACCACCACUCUCCCGCCAACACCGACGCCAGGUCCCAGCAGUACCACCAGUGGCACGACGUCCUCCAGCAGCAGCACCCCGGGGACAACGUCUGUUACUCCUCCACCGACCACGUCCCCCAGCACCCUGACUACUAGCAGCGCAUCCCCGCCCACGCCGACACACACCACCUCCCUGUCACCACCGUCCUCGACAAGCGAAGGAACCAGUCCCCCCGGCUCCACAACCGUUGAAACUGUGUCGACCACCACUCUCCCGCCAACACCGAUGACAGGCACCACUCCCCCCGGUACCACAACUGGGCCCGUGUCGACCACCACUCUCCCACCAACACCGACGCCAGGUCCCAGCAGUACCACCAGUGGCACGACGUCCUCCAGCAGCAGCACCCCGGGGACAACGUCUGUUACUCCUCCACCGACCACGUCCCCCAGCACCCUGACUACUAGCAGCGCAUCCCCGCCCACGCCGACACACACCACCUCCCUGUCACCACCGUCCUCGACAAGCGAAGGAACCAGUCCCCCCGGCUCCACAACCGUUGAAACUGUGUCGACCACCACUCUCCCGCCAACACCGAUGACAGGCACCACUCCCCCCGGUACCACAACUGGGCCUGUGUCGACCACCACUCUCCCGCCAACACCGACGCCAGGUCCCAGCAGUACCACCAGUGGCACGACGUCCUCCAGCAGCAGCACCCCGGGGACAACGUCUGUUACUCCUCCACCGACCACGUCCCCCAGCACCCUGACUACUAGCAGCGCAUCCCCGCCCACGCCGACACACACCACCUCCCUGUCACCACCGUCCUCGACAAGCGAAGGAACCAGUCCCCCCGGCUCCACAACCGUUGAAACUGUGUCGACCACCACUCUCCCGCCAACACCGAUGACAGGCACCACUCCCCCCGGUACCACAACUGGGCCUGUGUCGACCACCACUCUCCCGCCAACACCGACGCCAGGUCCCAGCAGUACCACCAGUGGCACGACGUCCUCCAGCAGCAGCACCCCGGGGACAACGUCUGUUACUCCUCCACCGACCACGUCCCCCAGCACCCUGACUACUAGCAGCGCAUCCCCGCCCACGCCGACACACACCACCUCCCUGUCACCACCGUCCUCGACAAGCGAAGGAACCAGUCCCCCCGGCUCCACAACCGUUGAAACUGUGUCGACCACCACUCUCCCGCCAACACCGAUGACAGGCACCACUCCCCCCGGUACCACAACUGGGCCUGUGUCGACCACCACUCUCCCGCCAACACCGACGCCAGGUCCCAGCAGUACCACCAGUGGCACGACGUCCUCCAGCAGCAGCACCCCGGGGACAACGUCUGUUACUCCUCCACCGACCACGUCCCCCAGCACCCUGACUACUAGCAGCGCAUCCCCGCCCACGCCGACACACACCACCUCCCUUACCACCAGUGGCACGACGUCCUCCAGCAGCAGCACCCCGGGGACAACGCCUGUUACUCCUCCACCGACCACGUCCCCCAGCACCCUGACUACUAGCAGCGCAUCCCCGCCCACGCCGACACACACCACCUCCCUGUCACCACCGUCCUCGACAAGCGAAGGCACCACUCCCCCCGGUACCACAACUGGGCCUGUGUCGACCACCACUCUCCCGCCAACAUCGACGACAGGUCCCAGCAGUACCACCAGUGGCACGACGUCCUCCAGCAGCAGCACCCCGGGGACAACGCCUGUUACUCCUCCACCGACCACGUCCCCCACCACCCUGACUACUAGCAGCGCAUCCCCGCCCACGCCGACACACACCACCUCCCUGUCACCACCGUCCUCGACAAGCGAAGGAACCAGUCCCCCCGGCUCCACAACCGUUGAAACUGUGUCGACCACCACUCUCCCGCCAACACCGACGACAGGCACCACUCCCCCCGGUACCACAACUGGGCCUCUGUCGACCACCACUCUGGGUCCCAGCAGUACCACCAGUGGCACAACGUCCUCCAUCACCAGCUCCUCCACGUCAACUGGUUUCACUGAACCGUGCACAGUCCCUCCAGGGGGCUGCACCUGGACUGACUGGAUCGAUGAGAGUUACCCAACAUAUGGCUCAAACGGUGGUGAUGAUGAGACCUUUGAGACCAUUCAGAUAAAUAGGCCUCCAUGGAACUGUGCGAAGGUUGAGAAUAUUUCAUGCAGAGCCGAGAAAUAUCCUGACAUUCCCAUUUCCGAUUUAGGGCAAAAAGUGGAAUGUAACGUUAACACAGGGCUCCUCUGUAAAAAUGAGGAUCAGAAGCCAGGAGGCAUAAUUCCCAUGCCAGUCUGCAUCAAUUACCAGAUCAAAGUCUGCUGUGUGCCCGAACAACCACCGUGGUGUACUCCAUAUACUACCACGACAACCACACAUUCCACAACCACAGAAUUAACCACUACAACCACAACGAGCACUCCUUCCACUACAACCACAACCAAAACCACUCUCCCGCCAACACCGACGACAGGUCCCAGCAGUACCACCAGUGGCACGACGUCCUCCAGCAGCAGCACCCCGGGGACAACGCCUGUUACUCCUCCACCGACCACGUCCCCCACCACCCUGACUACUAGCAGCGCAUCCCCGCCCACGCCGACACACACCACCUCCCUGUCACCACCGUCCUCGACAAGCGAAGGCACCACUCCCCCCGGUACCACAACUGGGCCUGUGUCGACCACCACUCUCCCGCCAACAUCGACGACAGGUCCCAGCAGUACCACCAGUGGCACGACGUCCUCCAGCAGCAGCACCCCGGGGACAACGCCUGUUACUCCUCCACCGACCACGUCCCCCACCACCCUGACUACUAGCAGCGCAUCCCCGCCCACGCCGACACACACCACCUCCCUGUCACCACCGUCCUCGACAAGCGAAGGUAAUUGUCUGGCCAUGGGGACACGGGUUUCCUUGUAGGGGGAGAAAUGAAGUAGUUCUCAUUUUGUCACUACUUUAACAGGAUCAAGUACCACUGGGACUGUUUUUUCUUCGACUUCCUCACCUACCAUCACUUUUAGCACGCCAACAUUGGGAUCAUCUUCCCCAUUUUCAACUCCAUAUAUGAGUACCUCACCUUCUUCUGUAUCAACAACCCUAUCAGAAGUCACUACUUCAGGAACAACUCCCACCAAAUCUUUCACCACUACUUCAGGAACAACCUCUACUCCUUUUACCAAUGUCACUUCAACCACCAUUACCACAUCUGCAAUUGUUCCUUCUGGUUCAGCUAGUACUUCUGGCACUACUCCAACAUCAAGUGCAGUCACUGUUCCUGGAAGUUCCACAGUUACUGCACUCAGUACUUCAAGUUCAACUCCCAGUUCUGGCUCAAAUAAUUGUACCAUUUCACCUAAUGAAACAUAUGCGCCAGGUCAGUCAUGGUGGCCGUGUAACUGCACUAUGGCAGUAUGUGUAGAAAACAAUACAGUCCAGCUGUUUCCAGUCAUCUGUGAGCCACCUCCUAAACCCACAUGCGCCAAUGGUCUUGCUCCUGUGCAAGUCCUUGAUGACGAUCAAUGCUGUUGGCAUUGGGAGUGUGAUUGCUACUGCACUGGCUGGGGAGACCCACACUACAUGACUUUUGAUGGAUUGUACUACAGCUAUCAAGGGAAUUGCACAUAUGUUCUUGUGGAAGAGAUUAAUAAAACAGUUGACAACUUUGGCGUCUACAUUGAUAACUACCAUUGUGAUGCACGGGAUGUAGUCUCAUGUCCACGAACGCUCAUUGUGAGACAUGAGACUCAGGAAGUGCGCAUAGCAACAGUAGAACCAAAUACCCUAAAAGUAGAGGUGACUGUAAACAAACAGACAGUGGCUUUGCCUUAUAAAAAAUUUGGAGUGAGCAUCUAUGAGUCAGGCAUAAAUCAUGUAGUGGAAAUUCCUGAGCUUAAAAUGAAUGUGUCCUACAAUGGCUUGUCCUUUUCUAUCAGAAUGCCCUACAGCCUGUUUGGCAACAACACUCAAGGACAGUGUGGUACUUGCAAUAACAACACAGCAGAUGACUGCAGGUUACCUAAUGGUAACAUUGCAGAAAACUGUGAAACCAUGGCAGAUCAUUGGCAAAUUGUUGAUCCCUCCAAACCGCAAUGCUCCCCAGGCCUAAUUCCUACAAAAUCACCUGGCACAACCACAGGACAGCCUUGCAAAGAAUCUUCCAUCUGCAAGCUUAUUUUGGGAAGUGUGUUCGAGAAGUGCCAUGCUGUUGUUAACCCUGAUAGGUUCUAUGCAGCCUGUGUUUUUGAUAGUUGUGCACUUCCCAGCUUAGACCUGGAAUGCUCAAGUCUGCAGAUCUAUGCUGCCAUCUGUGCUGAUCAAAAUGUCUGCAUCGACUGGAGAAGUCAUACCAAUGGUGUUUGCUCUUAUGAAUGUCCCAAACAUAAAGAAUAUAGAGCAUGUGGUCCUAGUAAACAGAUAACCUGCAAAUCAAGUCAACAGAAUGAAACUGCAGUUAAACAAGUGGAAGGCUGUUUCUGUCCUAAUGGUACAAUGCUGUAUGACUCUGGUGUGGAUGUCUGUGUAAACACCUGCGGCUGUGUUGGAUUGGAUAUGAUACCAAGAGAGUUUGGGGAAAGGUUUACAGCAGACUGUCAGGACUGUAUUUGCCUAGAAGGUGGAAAUGGCAUUGUAUGUGAGCCUCACAAAUGUCCCAGUCAAAAUAAGCAGAGUUGUAAUGGAAACGGCUUCUAUGAGGUCAAUGAAGUCAAUCCUGAAGAUUCCUGCUGCCCCAUUGUCACCUGCAAAUGCAAUACAAGCUUGUGCACAACUGAAUCCCCCAAGUGUACACUGGGAUUUGAAGUUUAUUCUUAUAUUCCCAGUGAUCAGUGCUGUCCUGUGUACGAGUGUGUUCCCAAGAGGGUUUGUGUACAUCAGAAUGCUGAGUUCUUGCCUAAUUCCUCAGUCUUUGUUGAUAAGUGUCAGAAUUGCUUCUGCACUAACGAAGUUAAUGUCAGCACUCAACUGAAUGUCAUCUCCUGUGAACACGUUCCAUGUGACACAUAUUGUGAACCUGGAUAUGAACGGCAAUCAGUGGAAGGUGAAUGUUGUGGAAAAUGUGUGCAGACUAAGUGUAUUAUACAUGCAUCACAGAGUUCCAACCUCAUAUUGAGUCCUGGAGAGUUUGUAAAAGAUCCUUAUGACAACUGCACCAUUUAUAGUUGUACAAGACUCCAAAACCAGCUUAUCUCUUCCACAUCUGAGAUUACCUGUCCAGCGUUCAGUGCAGAGAGCUGUAAAUCUGGAACUAUUACAUUCUUACCUAACGGUUGUUGCAAAACUUGUGUACCUCUGGAUAGUCCCACACCGUGCUCUGUCCGUGAAAGAGAAGACUUUAUUGUCUAUAAGAACUGCCGUUCUGUGGAGAGAGUUGUCAUGACUGAAUGUGAAGGAACAUGCGGAACUUUCUCACUAUAUUCUGUUGAGGCCAAUUCUUUGGAGCACAGCUGUUCCUGCUGCAGGGAAACAAAAACUAGCACGAGGGAAGUGGAACUGAAAUGCCCAUCUGGGCGCUCAAUUCAACAUAAGUAUGUAUAUGUGGAAAGCUGCAGCUGCCAGGACACUCAUUGCAACAUCCCACAAUCCAGUGAGCCUCUGAGCCUAGAAGAAAAUAACGAGAGCACUAGCACUCCAACCGCAUAAGAAGCCAUCAGUUUAACAACAAAAUGAAAGCGAAGAAACCUAACUGCAUUUAAAGGGACUAUGCACUGCUCUCAUCUUCCUUGACUACUUUUAAACUUUGCUUUUCCCAGUUAAUAUAUUCUAUGUGUUCUCUGACUAUUUUUAACAGUGUUCUAUUUAUUUGUGUACAAAAGUACAGUGAACUUUCUCCUAAGUGCAUAGCCCUCUAGAUUGUUUAAUAAUCAGCUUAUUUUCUCUGAAUGAUUAAAAGUGCAUUUCAAACAA